CCCCACCUGAAUCAGACACAACUAAUUUCUGAAUACAAGCCUGUAGAGAUACAGCACUUCUUGAGUGGUUGCAGGUGAGCUGGGGUCCUUUUUUAGGUGGUGCGUCACAAAACUGCUGCUUAAUUCAGAUCUGAUCACGUGCAAGCCAGAUGAAGUACCCCCACCACCAAAAGUUUCAAAACAGGCGAUCUUUUUUAAAGUUUGUACCUCCCCCCACUACUACCAUGGCUUCUGUUAAUUGCAGCUCAGAGGGCCGCAGGUGGCAGGAGCAGGGGACUAGGUUUCCAUUGAACGAUCUACUACCAUGUACAGAGGUUGAUCACUGGUUUCUGAAGCUAUUGGGGUGCGGUCAGGAUCUUACCGCAGCCGGUAGCACGUGACCGCACGUGCAACUAUAUCAACCGCAGGCGUUAGAUGUAUAUACCUGCAACCUGCUCAUUUCUGGUCUUGUGUUCUCCUGCUGGUUUCUUUAAUGUUAUGGGACUGACUUACAGGCAGCCUAUAUC